GUGUGUCCCGCCCGCGACAACUUCAAUUCCACGACAACACCGCUGCGCCCCCAGUCUCUCCCCCCGUCAACUCUCACCCCCAGAGACCAUCACGACAAUCGGCAAAAAUGGCGGACAACGAUUCCCCCGUCACCCUCCGAACUCGCAAGUUCAUCCGCAACCCUCUGCUGGGCCGCAAGCAGAUGGUCGUUGACAUCCUCCACCCCAACCGCGCCAACAUCUCCAAGGAUGAGCUCCGCGAGAAGCUCGGCGGCCUCUACAAGGCCCAGAAGGACCAGAUCUCCGUCUUUGGCCUCCGAACCCAGUACGGUGGCGGCAAGACCACCGGCUUCGCCCUCGUCUACGACUCCCCCGAGGCCAUGAAGAAGUUUGAGCCCCAGUACCGAUUGGUGCGGGUUGGCCUCGCCACCAAGGCCGAGCGUGCCUCGCGACAGCAGCGCAAGCAGCGCAAGAACCGACAAAAGACCCUCCGCGGAACGGCAAAGGUCAAGGGUGCCAAGGCGAAGAAGGACAAAUAAGCGACCGGCAAUUAUGUCUAUGUAUAUCCUCGGGCUGGUUGUUGGGGAGCUGUGGUAUUGUGCAUUCGGCGGCCUCGCGUCCGUCAUCCCCGAUCCGUCGGCGUGAGGUACAGGGACCUGUCGCCGGCGGACGACGUUGGGGAGCUCUGGACUCGGCUAGGGGGGGUGAGGGCCUGGCUUUCACGGUCUCUCCUCAAUACACUAGCAUGAAAUCAAUGGUGUUUCGGGUUUCGGACCAAAAAAAUAUUACAUCUCUGGUUAUCUU